AUGGAAUGUGGCGCCACAAUUUUUGUAGCGAUCGCCGGCAAAACUCCCCUCCCACCCUCGUUCCAAUCAUCUGCGCUCAUGCCUCCUCCUUUCUUGCCACCCGUCGUGCCACUUUCACCCGCAACACUUCCCGUCUCUCCCCCUGUCCCUCACUCCCUUGCUCCUUUUCGCCAUCCGUCCCCGUCCCCUUUCGUCACAUCCUCUUUUCUUCCUAACUCCCCCCUCCCCUCCCUGCCCUCCCUCUCCCCUUCCCCCCCUCCCUGCCUUCCCUCUCCUCCUUCCUCCUCUCCCUUCUCUCCCCGCCGCCGCCCUCCCCCCUCUUUCACCAGAUCUUUGUGGCAGCAAUGCUCUCCACGCCAUCAGGGUGCGCGCACCCAUCCUCACCCACAAGGCACACCGCACCCUCCCUGCGGCGCAAGUGUCCACCUAGGGGCCGCAGCAGGGGUGGCGGGAGCAGCAGGAGCAGGGGGAGUAGCAGUGCCGCCUUGGCCUCUCUGCAGGCUCCUCUGCUCUGCUCGCUUGCAAGCUGAGUGGCGUGGAAGAGUGCCGUUCCGGCAGGAUGAUGUGAGGCCGUUGGGGCAUGGGCGGCCGUUGGGGGACGGCCGGCUGUUCAGGAGUGUGUGGCCGCUACGGCUGCCCUUCCUGCUGCUGCUGCUGCUGCUUGCAGCACGAGGGCUGGCUGUGGAACACCGAGAGCUCAGAGUGCUCGUCGCUUCCCAAUGCUCUUCCCUCACCCCCACUCAUCCGUCCGCCUUCCAACCCGCCCCCUCCUCAGUCCCAGACUACUGUGCGGACAUCUUGGCAGCAGGAGUGGCUCUCACUCCAACCACCGACACAGAUGCCACCUCCGAGGCCAACCCCCCCACCUCUUCCGGUGUAAGUAGCACCUCACCCGACUCCACGACCAACAACAGCAACAGCCGCAGUAGGGCGGGCGAGUGGGGCCACCACUUGCGGUACGAGCGGCGGGCGGGGCAGUGCUGGAGCCGGGCGGAGCUGCCUUGCUACGCGGGCAGCAGGCGCACGCAGGCAGGCCUCUUAUUUCCGCAGAAGCAGCAGCAGCCACAACAACAAGGCGAAGGCAACAACACGGAUAAUUAUUUCUCCGCGACAGCCGGGCAGCAGCUGCAGGUGAAUCUGCGGCAGUACCACACGUACCAUCGCGAGUGCCUCCACCGCGAGCCCCUCGACCACCUGCGCUCCACCCUGCUGGCCGGCAAGCCCACCGCGUGCCGCUACCUCGUCUUCUUCCACUCCUCCGAUGCCCAGGGCAACCGCCUUCUCUCCCUCGUCUCCGCCUUUGCCUAUGCGCUGCUGACCAAUCGCAUCUUCCUGCUGAGUUCUAAGGGCGGGCCGGCUGCUGUGCUGUGUGAGCCGUUUGAGCAUGAGGAGUCGUGGGUGCUGUUUGGACGGGAAGGGCACUUGGAGGACCACUAUGCUCAGGUGCUGGGGCUCAAAGUGGCCAGGGAGUGGCGGGCGGUGAGGGAGGGGAGGGAAAAGAGGGGGGAGAUGGGAGGUGGGCGGAGGAGGCUGGUGGAAAGGUGGGUGUUGGUGCAGAGGGAGUGA